AAGAAGGAAACAGAGACCUCAGAACAGCAUAUCUUUCCACAGUGUGCCACCUCAGUAUCAAAGGGCUUGGGGAAGGUGUGCUGGCAGGUCUGACUGUCCCCUGUGGAUGCAAAUCUGAGACCCAGAAGUCUCCCCAUGGCUCCUUAUCACAUCCGCCAGUACCAGGAGAGGGACCACAAACAGGUCCUGGACUUGUUCUCUAGGGGCAUGGAGGAGCACAUCCCCACCUCCUUCCACCAUGCAUUGACGCUGCCCCGAACUCUCCUGGUUUUACUUGGAGUACCCAUUGCCCUGGUCCUAGUGUAUGGUUCCUGGCUUCUGGCCAUUAUGUGUGGCUUCCUUCUGCUUCUAUUACUGUGGUUCCUUGCCAGACAGCCCUUGAAGAAGUUUGUGGCCAUAUGUUUACACACAGACCUGGCUGACAUCACCAAGUCCUACCUGAGGGAGCUUGGUUCCUGCUUCUUGGUGGCUGAGACUGAGGACCAGGUGGUGGGCAUGGCGGCUGCUCGGCCAGUCAAGGAUCCCUCAUUAAACAGGAAGCAGCUGCAGCUCCUUCACCUGUCUGUGUCCUCACAGCAUCGAGGACAGGGAAUUGGGAAAGCCCUGGUCAGAACUGUCCUCCAGUUUGCACGAGACCAGGGCUACAGUGACGUUGUUCUUCGCACCACUGUGCUGAUGCAUGAUGCUGUGGCCCUCUAUGAGGGCAUGGGCUUCCAGAAGACAGGCAAGUCCUUCUUCAACACAAUAGCGAAGCUACUGACUGUCCCUUCAAUUCAUUUCAGGCUCCCACUCCCUUUGGCUCGGGAACAUGAGCUAUGAUCUUAUUUCCCUAUAUAUCUUUCAGCCUUCAGUUCACUGUGCUAUCCCAAGCAAACCCCAAUGUUGCAGUGGAUCAUAAAGGCAUAUUUGUCAUGCUCGCUGGAAUCCUGUGUGUUUGAUGGUGGGUAAUGGAGUGCUC